UCCACUGCCUUCAAAGAUGUCGUGGCAACAGUACUGUCCUCCUAUUUAUCUCAUUUUAUCUCUGUAUUUUCUUCUCCAAACGCAAGGAUUGACUAUCAAUCUUCAAGAGUCAGAAGAAUGGGGCCAUUCAGCAGGAAGAGCAAAGCAACUUGGGAAAUUAAGAAAUUAUGACAUCACAGAGCCGUACCGGCUGGACGGAAGACAACGCCGUGAAACCCAUACCAAAACUGAGAAUGGUCAUCUUAACGAAGCAACAUUUGUUCUUGAAGUUGAUGGGGAGGAAAUAAUUGUAGACCUUAAUUUAAAUGUAGACCUGUUUCCUGUCCGGUAUAUGGAACGAUCCCAGCUACCAGAUGGGCGUACUUUAAUCAGGAAGCCUGAUCGAUUACAUCAUUGUUAUUACCAUGGUGAAGUGAGAGGCAAAAAUUCAUCUAAGGUAGCACUAAGCACGUGUGAUGGUUUAAGUGGGGUCAUUAUCAUAGAUGGGAAAAGCUUUUAUCUGGAGCCACUUCAAGACUCCAAGACGCAACAUCUUGUCUACACACCGGAGAACGUCAAAAGAAAGAAGCAAACUCGAGUAUAUGACACUGACGAGUACGAUGAACAAAACUGGAAAGAGCAGUUGAAGAUGAUGCAGGGGACGACUCGAGUGAGAAGGGACGCCUUUGAUGAAACUAAGUAUGUAGAGUUGGUCAUCGUAGCCGACCACACCGAGUACAUUGACCAAGGAAGGGACAAAGACAAGGUGUUUUCAAGAUGCAAGGAGAUGGCCAAUGCAAUGGAUUUGAUAUACCGUCCGCUGAGCAUGCGUGUCGCCCUGAUAGGUGUGGAAGUUUGGAAUGAAGGUGACCAAUUUGAAGUCAGUACCAACCCAACGUCUACCAUGAUGAUGUUUCAUCGAUGGCGAAAGGACCACUUACUUCCCGAUACGUACAACGACAAUGCUCAAUUCGUCACGGGUAAAUCUUUUGAUGGGAACACUGUUGGUAUGGCUUCCCUCGCCGUCAUGUGUUCGUUAGAUCGUUCUGGUGGUGUCAACGAGGACCAUGGAGUCAAUGCAGCCGAUGUAGCAUCCACUAUGGCCCAUGAAAUGGGUCACAAUAUGGGCUUUGUGCAUGACACCGCUGACAGAGGAUGCAAAUGUGACGCCCCUGCGGACACAGGCUGUGUGAUGGAGCCCUCUAGUGGAUCCCUGCCUCCGACCAUCUUCUCCUCCUGCAGCGAGGAUGACUUGGAGAACUCCUUGCGCAAGGGGCUUGGAGCUUGCCUCUUCAACUAUCCAAAGUCCAUCUUCCAAGGACCUCACUGCGGGAACGGGUUCUUGGAGAAUGGAGAGGAGUGUGACUGUGGUACUCCUGAGGAAUGCACCAACGAUUGCUGUAUAGCGGAGACGUGUACUCUUGCAGAGAACGCAACCUGCGCCAACGGAGAAUGCUGUGAAGACUGCCAGCUCAAAAUCUCAGGAGUUCGAUGCAGGGACGUUGUGAACCAGUGUGAUCUACCGGAGUACUGCACAGGGCUUGACAAUCAGUGUCCAGCGAAUGUGUAUCGUCAGAAUGGUGAGCCAUGUGCCAAUAUGGACGACAUGGAUGCAGUCUGUUACAAUGGACAGUGUGUGACAUACGAUGAUCAAUGCAUGGCGAUAUGGGGGGAUGGAGCCAGGAAAGCGAAUACACUUUGCUUUGAGUUCAAUGGGCAAGGAUCUGACUUUGGUAAUUGCGGUGUGAAUGAAGAAGAUGGAGGGGUGAUUGUGCAACCUGAUGAGCGGAACUUUAUCUCUUGUCCACUCAAGGAUUUCGGUUGUGGUAAACUGAUGUGCGUCGGCGGGGCUGAAUUCCCCAUCAUAGGGUCAGUCGCCAGAGCAAGUAAAGGGUAUCGUUACGAUAGCAAUAUGAACAAGUACACCUGCAAGUCAGCCUCUAUAGACCUCGGGGAAGAUAUUCCAGAUCCUGGGUACGUGAGCGAUGGCUCAUUGUGUGGAAGCUCUACUGACGAGUUUUGUGUGGAAUCUUCUUGUAAGAAUAAGACAGAUCUGAGGAUUAGAGAUUGCCCGUAUAAGUGCUACAACCACGGGGUGUGCAACAGCAAUAAUCACUGUCACUGCAACCCAGAGUGGGCCCCUCCACUCUGUAACAGUGCAGGGUAUGGAGGUAGCAUCGACAGUGGGCCGGCAAGGCCACAGGAUGACGAAAUAUCCGCCCAAAGCAACGCUGUUGUAGUUCUAUUGGUGCUAUUUCUUGGAGUCUUUCCAGCACUGAUCAUCAUUGGAAUUAUUAUGUACUACAAACGAGUCCAACUCCAGCAAAUUCUCUGCAAGGAUAACGUGGCACAGCGCAGCCAACCACCUAAAUAUUCCCCUGUUAAAAGGCAAGGGUUCACCAAUGUUCCCCGUGACGCUAAUAAGACAAAUGCAAGCAAUGGUAGCCAUAGCAAUGAACCAAGAUCAAGACCAGAUAUUGUCAUGAGCACGAGGCCAUCAGCCACCAGGGGUGCAAAUGUUGUCUAUAAGCCAACAACAGAAUAUGUCGAUAGUAGACCUUCCUGGAACAGACCACAGCAGAAUCCAGAAGCGCCAAGGCCGCCGGUUGCCCCUGCCCCUUCUUCUAAAAUCGUGAGGAGAGAGUCAUCAAGGUUAAAGCCCACAAAUCCUCCACCCCCAGUGCCGGAGGCUCCCUCUUCUAAAACUACACAGCCAAGUCCUGUGCGGAAAGCACCUACAAAACCUCCUGGACAGUCAACCUAUCCCACUCCUGCACCCGUGUAUCCCACUCCUGCACCUCUGAAGCCCACUUCUGCCCCUAUGAAACUACCAGGUGGACCUUUAAAGCCCACAGGGGCAGCAGCUCUUAAACCUCCUCUGCCAAAGCUGCCCACAUCAGCAUCCUCAGAGCCAAGUAAACCCAGUGUAGCCCUCAGACCAACUGCCAGUCGACCACCUACAGUGCCUAGGCCAAAGUUUAAUGCCAACAACUCAGCGGAAACUUCGUCUCCAUCGGAGAAGGCAGAGAGCAAACCUAGCAGGCCAGUACCACCUCCAAGACCGGAAUCCCUACGCAUAAAAAAUGUUGCUCGGCCCAAGAUUCCGCCGCCUGUACCCCGGAGGCCUGCCAGCACAGGAGACCCGUCAGUAUGAUACAUGCUUCCUAAAUUAUGAGUCCUUUUUACUUCUUAAAAUCUGCAAGAGUUUGCUCUGGAACAACUGGUUCACAGUAAAUCUGGAGCUCUUGCAUCAUUUUGAGUCAAGAAACUUCAGUACACGUCAACCUAUUAACGGUUGGGAUAAAUUUGUUCUUCUCAACUAUUGAAGUUUUGUUUGGUCACUUAUUGUUGUCUUUUUUUUUUAUUGAUUCAUGUCUUUAUUUAUUUGUUUUUUUCUACUUGCAUGAAUAAAACUGCAUGGCAAUAAAAUUGUGACACUGUUGCCCUUUUGGCUGUCCUACUUCUUGUACUAUGUAUGUUGCAGGAAUAAGCCUAAAUGAACAGGGGUAUUAAUAGUGUAAGGUGCUUUGGUGCAAUACUUGAAAGCGUCUAAUUAUUAUUGGUAAUGAGUGUGUGCAGUUUACAUGACCAAUUAUUCUUUGCGUACACAGCUAGCAGGCCCGGAGUUAUCUGCUGGUCAUGUCCUCUGUUUCCCUGGUCUUUGCCUUUAUGCCUUGGUGCUCCUUCAAAAGUUUCAAAUAGACUUUAAGAUUUUCCAGUAGAAGUGUCCUUUGCCCUCUCAAAGAUGAAAUUCUAGGCCUGAGCUAGGGCGGACAUUUUGCUCUAACCUUUUAUGCGGGGACUGAUGACAGAAAUUAAAAUUUUUGUGUCAAGCAUCCAAGAUUAUUGUGAUGAUGGCGUUACGUGGCUUGGGUCAAAACACCAUUACAAUGCUGCUCCAUCUUGGUCAUGUUCGGCGUAUCCAUACACAGUAAUUGCUGCUAAUGUUUCCUGCAAGAAAAGGAACCAGACUAUUUCUCCUUCAAGCCUUGAUUUGGUUGUAUUGAUUUGAAUGGGAGAAAUCAAGAUGGCUGCCCCAGGUAUAUUGAGACUGUGAAGUUAUAGGGUGUAUUUACCGCCCUUAUGAUUGUCUCAUAAUUAUAAGUACUUAAUGUAAGAAUUAAUAAGUAACUAAACAUUUUGUGAUAAAGCCUAGUUUCUGUAACUAUGUUACGUUGAAUCAGGGUAACAUAAUCCUUAUGUAAUAAUUAAAGUUAGAUUGUCAAAAAACUGUAAUUUUGUUUAGGGGUUUAUUGGAUUAAAUCAACAUAGGGUGGCUUUAAUUUUUUAAAUUCCUAAUGAGCUUUCACUUGUGUGUAUCGAAAUAGUUAUUUUAUUUUCUUGCUGGCAAGGAAACGGAUGCAAUAGUUAUUUUGGGUUCAAACUAUUGAAGCACCUUGAUACUUUAUUGCUGGAUAUGUGUGCUUUAUAAGACUAUUAUUAUUAAUAUCAUUGGUAGAAUAUUUAGUGGGCUGGAAAAAUUCUCUAAAAAAAUGCAAAACUAGCAACUCAUUUUAUUGUCUAUAAAUCUUGUAUCUUUUUAUUGUAACCAACGUUAAAGUUCCUAAAAGGUUGAAGGACAGGGUGAUUGGAA